CGGAGUCCGGACUGCGAGUAGUUUAGAGCUCGCACCCAGCCUGCUAUGGCUCACUCUCUUGCCCGCUCCAUGGGGCUGCUGAGGCUGCCGCUGGUCCCCCUGUGCACACACCAGGUCUGAGCUAGGACGACAGCUCCCUCACCAUGGCUCCCUGCCAAGAGGUCAACUUGUCGGACCUUGUCCUGAACAACAGCAGCAGCAGUAGUGGGCUCACCCUCUCCCAGAAGUGGAUGGUGGGAGCAGCGCUGACCUUCAUGAUCCUGCUCAUCGUGUUUGGGAACCUGCUGGUCAUUAUUGCUAUAGCCAAGACCCCAAGGUUGCAGACUAUGACUAACGUCUUCAUCACCUCCUUGGCUUGUGCUGACCUGAUCAUGGGGCUUCUUGUGGUGCCACCAGGUGCUACCAUCCUGGUGACCGGGGACUGGCUGUAUGACACCACCGUCUGUGAGCUGUGGACCUCUGUGGAUGUCCUCUGUGUGACUGCCAGCAUAGAGACCUUGUGUGUGAUAGCAGUGGACAGAUAUAUUGCCAUCACCUCACCUCUAAAGUAUGAGAUGCUGGUGACCAAGGCCAGGGCAAGGUUGGUGGUUUGCUUUGUAUGGGCUAUAGCUGCUUUGAUCUCCUUCCUGCCCAUCAUGAACCACUGGUGGAGGGAUACAUCAAAUAGUGUAGCUCAGAGAUGCUAUGAUGACCCAAAGUGCUGUGAUUUUGUCACUAACAUGCCCUAUGCCAUUGUAUCAUCCACCAUCUCCUUCUAUGUGCCCCUGGUGAUCAUGAUCUUUGUCUAUGUCAAAGUCUUUAUAGUGGCCACCAGGCAAGUCAACUUGAUAGAGAAGGACAAAGUGAGGUUUAAUGGGACACCUGUGCCCUCCACUAAAAACAGAAGGAUAUCCAAAAGAAGACCCUCAGGGUUGUUAGCUAUUAAAGAACACAAAGCACUGAAGACUUUGGGCAUCAUCAUGGGCACCUUCACCCUCUGCUGGUUGCCCUUCUUUGUGGCCAACAUUAUCAAAGUGUUCUGCAGGGAUUUAAUAGAUGGCAAUGUGUUCUUGUUCCUGAACUGGCUGGGCUAUGUUAACUCAGGACUAAACCCCAUCAUAUACUGUAGGAGCGCCGAUUUUAGGAAGGCUUUUAAAAAGCUCCUGUGUUGCCCUAGGGCAGGAGAUCACAAACUACAUGCUUUAUUUAAGGAUCUGAAAAGGUGCCACUACUCCAGUAAUCCAGACUGCCAUGGGACCAAGCACAUAGCUGAUGCUGAAAUGGGCAAUGGAAGCCUGAGCAGCUGCAGCCGCUGUAGUAGCAGGACUGAGGAAACUAGCCUGAAGAACAGUAAUGGGAAUGCCAACCACUUCCAUGAGCAGCCUGACCUGUGAGCCUUCAUUCCUGGGAGCCCUGAAGCUAACGGGGGACUGGGGGCACCUCUUGCUUAAUGAACUGUUUGUCUUCCAGGGUGAUUUGACAAAACAUAUCUUUGCACAUUACAAAAUUCUGUACAGAAAACUUUUAGACAAAGGAAUUAUUCACUGAUCAUGACUACAUUGCUGUUUGUG